AUGGUACAUUUAAUGGUGCAUUUAGUUGAAGAAGCUAAACUUGGUGGCCCGGUGCAUUACAGGUGGAUGUACCAUCUAGAGAGAUCAUUUGUUUGGCUAAAGUCACUUGUGCGCAAUAGAGCUUAUCCUGAAGGUUCUAUUGCUGAAGGAUAUACUGUUGAAGAAUGCUUGAUCUUUUGUUCAAGAUUUCUAGAAGGAACCACACGUUUCACAAGAACAUCUAGGAGCCCUGAUCCUUCAGAUAAUACAAAGGGCAUGUACAUGUUUGAUAGUGUUGGUGAGCCAAUUGGAAAGGCUGAUUUGAUUGGUAGACACUUUGCUGACUGGUUGGAACAAAAGGUUAUACUAGAUGAUGGACCGGAUAUCACAGAAAAGAUAAGAGCAUUAGCCGCAAAACCAAGCAAAUGCGGGGUGCGCUAUAGUGGCUAUAUAAUUAAUGGUUUCAGGUUUCAUACUAUCAGUCGCGAGACAGGACACGUGACACAAAAUAGUGGUGUCGUGAACCUUGCUGAAAAUGGCGUGUCCUAUUAUGGUCGGUUAUCUGACAUCUUCGAAUUGUCAUACAAAGAUUACAAGGUGGUCUUCUUUAAAUGUGAUUGGUAUGAUGUUCAUCACAAAGCUGGUAUUAUAAGAGAUGAGUUUGGAUUCACUCAUGUGAACUUCUCCCGAAAAAUACGUAGAGGGGAGAAGUUAGAGGAUGAACCUUUUGUAUUUUCUUCCCAAGUGGACCAGGUCUUCUAUAUCCAAAAUCCGAGAAGUGAGAAUUGGAAUACCAUGGUGAAAUUCAAACCUCGUGAUAUUUUUGACAUGGGUGGAGAACCAUCUUCAGAUGAAACAGAGUAGUCUUUGUGUUUUUAGCUUGUUAUCUCCAGCUAAGAUAUAGGUUGAGCAAUUGUCAUCCAUGCUCCUAGGUAGAAUUACUCCAACAUAAUUAUUCUAGCUGGGUGGAUCUUCUUCGGAAUGUAUGUUACUUUGUGAUGAACGAGCCUAUGGUCUUUU